GAGAACUGAUUCUGGUUUUUGGUUUUGUUCUCCAAACACAUCUCUCUUUCUUCAAACAGAACAUUCCCAAGAUUCUCUUUGCACCUCUCUCUUUCUCUCUCCAUUUAUAUACAUCAUUGUCAACUUACAAAAGCUAAAAUUUUAUUUGACUAUGGUUAUGGUGGAGAUCAUAUCAUAGAAGGUAACAAAUAUAAAGUGUGAAAGAAAAUGCCUGAGCUGCUACACGGGAUUCUUAAGGUAACCAUAGAUGAAGUCGAUAGACUGCAUACUGGAUGUCAUUUGGAUUUCUGUCAGAAGGGCACAACACACAAGGGUAAGAGAUUUCUAGCCCAAGUCAAGGGUUGUCUGCUGUGCAGGCCCGAGAUUGUUGGAACAAGAUUGUAUGCAACAGUUGAUUUAGACAAGGCAAGGGUUGGACGAACGAGAAUGAUAGGAAACCGACCCUCAAACCCAAAGUGGAACGAGGACUUCGAAAUCUACUGUGCACAUCGUAUCUCAAACAUCAUAUUCACUGUCAAAGAUGGUAAUCCAAUCGGAGCAACUCUAAUCGGAAGAGCCUAUGUCCCUGUGGAGCAAGUUCGUAAGCACCCCAUAGUUAAGAGAUGGGUUCAGAUAUUAGACGAAGAAGAUCAUCGUCCCGUGCCGGGUCAUUCCAGAAUCUGCGUCAGCGUGAAAUUCACCAGCGUCACUCAGGACCCAACAUGGUCUCAGGGAAUUCGCAUGCCAUUUUCUGGAGUUCCUCGUACAUUCUUCAAUCAGAGAGAAGGUUGUCAUGUUACUUUGUACCAGGAUGCUCAUGCCCCACGUGGCGUUGGUGUUGUCCCAUACAUUCCAAUAUCCGAAGGAAAAGACUACUUGCCCGCAAGAUGUUGGGAGGACAUUUACACUGCCAUUAUGGAUGCUAAGCAUCUUGUUUACAUAACUGGUUGGUCUGUUUACACUGAAAUAGCAUUGGUUAGAGACAAAGAGGAAUCAAAUAUCACCCUCGGGGAGUUACUUAAGAAGAAGGCUGAUGAAGGUGUUAGAGUUCUUCUGCUUAUUUGGAAAGACAUAACUUCUGUACCAGAAUUAGCCAAAGAUGGCUUGAUGGCAACUCAUGAUGAGGAAACUGCUGCUUAUUUUAGAAACACAAAGGUGCAUUGCGUUCUGUGUCCACGGAACCCGGAUGAUGGGAAAAGCAUUAUUCAAGGAUUUCAAACAUCAACUAUGUUCACUCAUCACCAAAAGAGUGUGGUCGUUGAUGCAGGUUUUGUAGGGUCAUCUCAGAAGCGAAGUUUGGUGAGUUUCAUAGGUGGCCUUGAUCUUUGUGACGGGAGGUAUGACACCAGGGAUCAUCCUCUAUUUUCAACUCUGAAUACGGUGCAUAGAAACGAUUUCCAUCAAACAAACUUUCCAAAUGCUUCCAUUGAUAAAGGUGGUCCAAGAGAGCCAUGGCACGACAUUCAUUGCAAGCUAGAAGGCCCUAUUGCUUGGGAUGUUCUGUACAACUUUGAGCAAAGGUGGGAGAAGCAAGUUGGGAAGGAACUGCUAUUCUCGCUUGAUGAUCUUGAUUACAUUCUAGUCCACCCAUCUGUCGCACAAAAAUCAGAAGUGGGAGAAGAAGACACAUGGAAUGUUCAGCUGUUUAGAUCCAUAGAUGGUGGUGCUGCUUUGGGCUUUCCCCAAGUCCCGAAUGAAGUUGCUGAAUUAGGCCUUGUUAGUGGGAAAGACAGUAUGAUUGAGAGAAGUAUUCAGGAUGCCUACAUUAAUGCUAUUAGGCGUGCAAAAAACUUCGUUUACAUCGAGAACCAAUUCUUCCUAGGGAGUUCUUAUGCUUGGCAAACAACUAAUGACUUUGUGAUUGAGAACAUUGGUGCAUUGCAUCUUAUACCAAAGGAGUUGACAUUGAAGAUUGUGAGCAAGAUUGAAGCAAAAGAGAGGUUUUCUGUGUACAUAGUGAUCCCAAUGUGGCCUGAAGGUGUACCUGAAACUGAGUCGGUUCAAGCAAUAUUAGAUUGGCAGAGAAGAACCAUGGAGAUGAUGUAUUCCGACAUUGCUGGUGCCUUGGCAAAAUUCGGCAUUCAAGCACACCCUCGAGAUUAUUUGACAUUUUUUUGCCUUGGCAAUAGGGAGCAUAAGGAACCGGGAGAGUAUACUCCUCCACAGGAACCAGAGGCUGAGAGUGACUACAGAAGAGCACAAAAUUCUAGGAGGUUCAUGAUCUAUGUUCAUUCCAAAAUGAUGAUAGUUGAUGACGAAUACAUAAUCGUUGGGUCUGCUAACAUAAAUCAAAGAUCAAUGGAGGGUUCAAGAGACAGUGAGAUUGCAAUGGGUGCAUUCCAACCACGUCAUCUAGCAUGGAAUGGAAGAGCCAGAGGGGAGAUAUAUAGAUUCCGACGUGCACUAUGGUAUGAGCACCUUGGGGACCAUGGUUUUGACUCAAAAAUCUUUGACAACCCAGAACAUUUGGACUGCAUAGCUCUUGUGAAUAGGCUUGCCGAAGAAAACUGGGACAUGUACUCAAAGGAAACAUUUGAUCAAGUUAGAAAUUUUCACCACCUCAUGCGCUACCCUAUACAUGUAGCCCACGAUGGAACCAUAACAACUCUUCCAGGGUUUGAACAUUUUCCUGACACCAAAGCUCGGAUUUUGGGUUCCUGUUCAUAUUUCCUUCCUUCAAUUCUUACAACCUAACAGUACCUAUCCAACAAGUAAUAAUAGGAAAGAGGGUCAAGAGAAAUAAUGUACAUUUUCACCUCCAAGUUAGCAUUACAUCAUUGCAUUUUUAA